CUCCAGCCUCUCCUCCUUUCCUCUAUCCAGAGCUCAACACACCUAGCUACGCCGCCCGAUUUCGCUGUGCUUCUGCCGUAUAUUAAGAUUCUCUACGUCAUUGUACAAGUAUGCUCCACCUGCUACACCCCGCCGCCUGCUAGCUCGCUUUCCCGCCUAGCCCGACAAACCUGCACCACACGAUCGUUCUUGACAUCUGAUCCCACACACUGAUAACUGACUGCUUGCGCCAGAGCUCUCUACAACCUCCAAACCAUCUCCCUCGAAUUCUCGAAUCAAAUUCAUCUCAACUACGCCGCACAUAAAACGCCAUAAUGUCUGGAGAAGCAUGGUUGUACCUGUUGGCGGUGCUGAUAAACGCCGUCAAUCUCUUCCUUCAGGUCUUCUUCACUAUCAUGUACAGCGAUUUGGAAUGCGACUACAUCAACCCUAUUGAUCUCUGCAACCGCCUCAACACCUACAUCGUCCCCGAAGCUGCCGUGCACGGAUUCUUGACCUUUUUGUUCCUUAUCAACGGAUAUUGGAUCGCGCUCAUUCUCAACCUGCCGCUCCUCGCUUGGAACGCAAAGAAAAUUUUCGAGAACCAACAUCUUUUGGAUGCUACUGAGAUCUUCAGGAAGUUGAAUGUACACAAGAAGGAAUCAUUCAUCAAGUUGGGUUUCCAUCUGAUCAUGUUCUUCUUCUACCUCUACAGCAUGAUCGUUGCCCUUAUCCGCGACGAGUCUCACUAGAUGUGUUCGCACGUGCAACCAUCUCCGCGGCAAAUAACCAGAUGUUCAACUGACUAUACCGUUCCUUGGAACGUAUGAAAUCGAUCAAACAAACGAGGAAGAUCAAGACAUUUCGUGAAGAAAUGUCGAACCGGGGGCGUUAGGCGGUAGCAUGAAGGGCGGAAGAGGGAGAAGCUAUACCAUUUAGAAGACGAUAAGAGCUGGGCAUAUCUACGUGAGGGAGGAAUGCCGGAUUAUGUGUCACGUCAGCGGGCGAAAUAAGCGUUACGUUUUAACGUGUAGACGGGCUAUGAUAGCAAGCUUCUAGUUGUAAAUGCGUAAUUGUGUAUUAAUUUUUGAAACCUGAGGUUCUUCUGGGACUCCAAAAGCCACUAAUCUAAAAUAACACAAUCAACUACGGCUUGUAGAAGCAUGUGCAAGU